UGACAUUGGUGACGGUGACCAAAUUGGGCAUGGUCUUAAUCAACGCCAAAUCUCGAGAAGUGGUUUCGAUUCUGGUUUUCGACACCAUUUUCCAAGGAGGUCUCCUGAGCAGUCUCGUAUCGAGUCUGAAGCUGUUUCCCUUGCCAAGUAUCUCUUCUGAGCACAGUUGCCAAAUCCCAAUCCAUUCCUUGGUCCAAACGUUCUCGGGAACGUUCUGGAAAUUGGACCUCAACAUUGUGUUCCACAUGCUCUCCUCGCCAACGGGCGUAAAAGACAGCGUGAACGGAUUAGAAUGUACGGAUAUCGAGACCGAACGACUUCACAUGGAUUGCCAUUGCUCAGAUGAGCAUCUCCCCUCUGAAAGUGAAGCCUUGAGCGUGGUGGCCAUUGAGCCCGUGGAACUCGAGAGUUUUCUUCAUGGCGACAAUCGCAAAUCCAGACAUGAAGCAGAUAAGAAGACGAAAGGCAUUGCCCGACCAAAGAGGCAAGGCUCAAUAUCAUCAUCAUCGUCGUUGUCGGCGUCUAGGUCGUCAACGACGAAGAUGUCGACGAAUCGGACAAUGUCGAGGUCGACACACACACACAGAGACACUGGUGCUCUUCUGGGCCCAGAAAAAGAUGCAGUUUCAAGAAUUCGUUUUAAUUGGAAUUCUGAGUGAUAAGCAGGCAAAGACAUACGAGUCGAGAGAGAGAUUUCCACUCUAGAUAAUGGACCCCUAAAUUGUUUUGGUUUCAAAGGUCGAGCAAAUCAGGUUGGCCGCUCCAGAUUCGGCUUUAUCCGCGAAAAUUCAAAUUUCUCUCUCUCUCUCUUUCUCUCUCUCUCUGUCUCCUAUUCUGGAUGGACGGAAUUUGAGAAUUGUUCCGCUAAAAGGGAAAACGAAAAGCCGGUCCUAGUUUGUAUUGUAAACCUGAGCAGUUGGCCUAGCGAGAUUUCAAAUGCAUUGGCGGGAAUUCUUGAAACUGGUAAUUAAUCGAACUUCUACCUUUCUGAAACUGCUCGUCGCUGAAUCGAAGCCCAACUCAUUACCCGGACUUAAUUAAGUGGGGCGCGAAUAACUUGGGCAAAAAAGUUUUGAGCAAACUUUCUUUGUCACACCAACCAGCCAACCACAACCACCAUCACCUCCAACCACCCAGACUGGAUCGGAUCAAGAGCUCAGGAUAUGGGAGUGAGCCACCGCGAAGAAACUCGUUUCAACCCAGAAUAAAUCGAACCCAUAAAAGGUAUCAUUCUGGUCAAAGUGAAAUCACGACUCGAUUUCGUCAAACGAGAUUUGAGUCCUUGUUUAGAGCCUUACAAUACGAAAAUCACCUUCAAAUGCACUUUAAC